AUGGCGGAGACUAUUGGCUCAUCGGCUUCAGGUUCGUUCUCGCUAUUGACAGUUAAAAACCGUAACUUUGGACCUGACCACUUGAUUCCAGGCCAUCCGAACCUCCACCUCACCCCGGAGGAGAAACGAGUAUACUCGCAACUUCUGAAAGAGGCGGAUCCCGAUGGCUUCGGAGCUGUCUCUGGAGAUGUGGCUGUCAAGUUCUUUGAGCGAACCAAGCUGCCGGCAGACGUGUUAGGACAAAUCUGGCAGAUUGCCGACGUAGAAAAUCGAGGCUUCUUGACCCCAGCUGGCUUCGGAGUCGUUUUACGAUUGAUUGGCCAUGCACAAGCUGGCCGCGCACCCUCAGCGCAGCUUGCGACGCAAACGGCGCCCUUACCCCGAUUCGAAAGCACUCAUGCCGAACAGACACCGCAACCUAUCCCUCAACCCAUCCCUCAGCAAACAACUGGACCUCCCUCGAGUCCUUCUACAGCAGGGCCUCCUCCCAUCCGAGUGCCAGCAUUGAGUCCAGAUAAGGUUGCAGAGUAUUCGGCAUUGUUCGAGAAGUCAGGCGCUGAAAAUGGUAUCCUCUCUGGAUUGGUCGCCAAACAAAUAUUCGAGAAGGCAAGAUUGCCUGUCGAGGUUUUGGGGAGGAUAUGGAGCUUGGCCGACACACAGAAUCGUGGUGCCUUGGACGUCACCGAGUUCGUUAUCGCGAUGCACCUUCUAGCUUCCUACAAAUCCGGUCAGAUGCGAGGCGUCCCUAGCACCUUACCCCCUGGCCUCUUCGAAGCUGCUAGUCGCCGGCCACCUGCCCGAGUUGGCAGUGGCUCGCGACCAGGCUCCAGUGCGAUCACCCAGCAAUUCAGUGGCUACAAUGCUCGCCCACAGAGCCCGAUCACAAGGCAGCAAGUGACCACUCCAUUAUCAGCACAAUCGACCGGAGAUGGCUGGGUCAUCACACCCGCCGACAAGGCUCGAUUUGAUGCGAUAUUUGCUACAGUUGACCGCCAAGGUAGAGGGUUCAUUGACGGAGAACAAGCAGUUGAAUUCUUCAGCAACGCCCGGCUCUCAGAGGAGAUCCUGGCUCAAAUCUGGGACCUUGCUGACAUCAAUUCGGAUGGACAGCUCAACAAAGAUGAAUUUGCUGUAGCUAUGUAUUUGAUACGCCAGCAGCGAGGUACCAAAGAUGGGCGAGGUAUUCUUCCAGCGACUGUUUCCCCAGCCCUUGUGCCGCCGAGUAUGCGGAGACAACAAAUCCCUCCGUCCCAACCGCCAACAGCGCCAGCAUUCGAAACCGCACCCGCCGCUACAAAACCGCGAUCGGCAGCUGAUGAUCUUUUUGGCCUCGAUGCAUUUGAGCCCGCACCGACUGUGUCUGUUCCUGGCCCCACCCCUGCCCCUGUGCAGGCACCUCAAUCGACUGGCGGUACUGAUGCCGGCCAUUUCGUAAAUCCCACGGUCUUUGCCUCCUCCAUUUCGCCGCAAGCAACAUCCGGCACGUUUAAACCAUUCGUGCCUUCCAGCUCCUUUGGUCAGAGCAUCCUUCCUCACCCGACAGGAUCCCCUGCUCCGAGUCAAGCCAAGUCACCCCCUGUACCGACUGAUGAUCUACUUGGUGAUGCUGAUCCGGAGGUCAGCUCGAAACUCACCAACGAGACCUCCGAACUGGGCAACCUGUCAAAUCAAGUCAGCAAUCUGUCCCAGCAAAUGACAGAGCUACAAGGGACGAGAAAGCAAACAGAGCAAGAAUUGUCUAACAGCACCGCACAAAAGAGGGCAUUCGAAGGGCGUUUGGCCCAACUCAGGUCUUUAUACGAGAAGGAGGUUCAAGAAGUCAAAGCAUUACAAGAGCAGUUGACAGCGGUGAAGAAUGAAACUAAGAGACUGCAACAAGACGCAGCCAUGAUUGAUGGCACUCACCAAGAUCUUUCGACGCAGCACCAACAAUUACAUAUUGCGCUUGAGUCCGAUCAACGGGAGAAUGCUUCCUUGAAGGAACGAAUCCGACACGUGAAUCAGGAAACCGACCAACUGAGACCCCAACUGGAGAAGUUGAAAUCCGAUGCGAGACAGCAGAAGGGCCUUGUAGCCAUCAACAAAAAGCAGCUAGCUACUAACGAGGCAGAACGAGAUCGACUGAAAGCUGAGCUAGUCGCUACCCAGAAAGAACUCGAAGAUGCUCAACGAGAGGUUGAAGAGUCGGCGCGGCAGGUCAAAGAGUCGGCACGACAAGUUGAGGCUUCACAAAAAGAGUUGGAGGAAGCAAGAAGCGUGCCUAUUCCUUCUGUCAAGAGCCCUCCAGCUAAGAGCCCCCCUGCCGUUGCAAGCCCUGCCCCGUCCACGAGUUCGAACCCGUUCUUCAGACGGACUACCGACGCCCUAUCUCCUCCGCCCGACUCUGGUGGAGAGGAACCUAAGGAUAGCCACAGUGCCUUCGACAGCAUCUUCGGACCCUCUUUUGCAUCAUCCACUGCGCCUACGCCUCCGCCUGCCGUUUCAUUCUCUGGACAGGGAUCAUCUCCCCAUGAGCCACCCACUAUCCCCCACAUUGAAUCUCCUGCGUCCUCAUCCACGCCAAAAGAUGUUACUGAGCCACCUGCACCGGUCCAGUCGACACAGUUAACCUCUGCUGCACUCCCCUUUCGAAGACCUCUAGAAAGAGGAGACUCGAUUAGUUCUUCCGUCAAAGUGGCACCGCCAGCUAGCCGAAUGAGUCCUGCUGAUACUCCACGUGCUCUGACUCCUGCAACCGAUGCCUCCAGCCCGAGCGGACACGGGAACUCGACAGAGGAUCCCUUCACAGCGGCUGCCCCGGACGAAGAGCAAGAAUCCAUCCGCCGAGCACUGCCGCAGCCGGCCACUUCCACGGAGUCAGUCGACGAUAUUUUCGGCAAGGCCUCUCCUGCGCAGCCAGGACCGGGAGACAUUCCUGGAGCAUUCCCUACAGACUCACAUUUCCAUACCCUUGCGGCCGGUAUCGCUAGCUCGGAAGCUGCUGCUACCCCUAAUGGCGGCAAGGGCGAAGCUAUCUCUGAGACUGUGGCCCAGUCAAAGGCACCUGAGCGAAAUUUCGACGAUUUCUUUGGUGGGGCUGCUCAUCAACGAACGGCAUCACAGAAAGCUGCAGACUUUGACUCUGCAUUCGCCGGAAUUUCAGACACGCCAGCAACCAACGGUACUGAAGGGGGCGCUAAUAAAGAAUUCCCCGAUAUUCAGGAAAUUGAUGGCGACGAUGAUAGCAGUGAUUAUAGUGACGAGACGCCUAUGAAGUUUGAUGAUGAUUUCAAUGCCACAUCUCCCCCGCGAGAUGUCCCGACUGACACUGAAACGAAGACUGAGCAACAACCAGAGGUUCCACCUCCGUUGAAAGAAAAGUUAUCGCCGCGUCCUGCUUUGGGAAACCCGGCCUCUACCACAGGCUCUCUGCCGGCUGCUGAUCAACAGAUCUCCCCUCCGACCUAUGGUGAUUCGAUUCCGCAGGACAACCCUACACAUUUUCCAAGGGAAUACGAAGGGUUAUUACCAGAGAGAGAAGAUCCCACUUUCCCUCCUCCCACGGCUGGCGGGUCUUCAAAUCCUGCCGCGCUCCCAAGUGGGAGUCCUCCUGCAUAUGGCCCUGGGGCCCAUGACAGAGACCCGUCAGAGACAAAACCGACAGGACCACCUCCCACUAAAGCAGCACCUUUUGAUUUUGACUCUGCAUUCGAAGGCGUGGGGUCUGCCCCGGUUGAAGAUGACGACGAUGAUGACGAAGCCGAUGUGUUCGAUCCAGCCAAGAACACGACAGACUUUGAUCCGACAUUUGACACCCCGCCUCUGUCCCAAGCCUCCACCGCUCUGCAUCGAUCUGUAUACGAUUCAGUGACAAACGGGACGCCUAGACCGACCAGUGAGGACUUUUUUAAGUCCAACGGGCCAGCGCCGACGAGCACUGCUGGUCCAAACUCUGCUGCAUCACCUGUAUCCCAUGAUUGGGAUGCUCUCUUCGCACCUUUAAGCUCAAAUACACCUGCAACCGAACCUUUGAGUGCACCCGAAGCCUCCGCGGUAACAGCCAAAGAGGCGGGAUCAGAAAUUACUGAUAUGCCAUCUCUGGCACCACCCAAGGCUUCCGGCCAAGCGUCCAAGACACAACGGCCUCAGCCGGGACGCGCCUUAAGCACAGGCACCGAACAUGAUGAUCCCAUCUUGAAGAGAUUGACUGCGAUGGGGUGGUCGCGUGACGAGAGUCUGGCUGCUCUGGAGAAGUUCGACUACAAUAUUGACAAGGUAAGCACAUGCAUCCUCACGCAUUUGUGCAUUUUCUAA